AUGUCACCAUACCAACUGGUAUUUGGCAAGGCUUGCCACUUGCCAGUUGAACUAGAGCAUAGAGACUUCUAUGCUCUAAAACUACUAAACUUUGAUGAGCAAGCGGCUGGGAAAAAGAGGCUGAGGCAACUCAACGAGCUGGAAGAAUUUAUGAACCAAGCAUAUGAGAAUGCAAAGAUCUACAAAGAGAACACAAAAAGAUGGCAUGAUCAAAAGAUAGCAAGGAGGGAGUUCACUGUAGGACAAAAGGUGUUAUUGUACAAUUCUAGACUUAGGUUCUUCCCUGGGAAGCUUAAGUCUAGAUGGUCUGGACUCUUCACCAUCAUCAAAGUGUACCCCUAUGGUCAAGUGGAGCUCAUGGAGGACAAAACACAGAGAACAUUCACUACAAAUGGCUAUAGACUCAAGCAUUACCUGGGGGACUCACUGGAUGAAAGGAGAGUGAGCUACCACCUCAACUGA